UUAAAUUUAAAAGUAUUAACCAAAGUAUACACUUUAUUAUUAGUGACACAAGAACGGCCAAGGAGACCCGUGGAGCGCACUCCGCUUAGUAGAGAAGGAAACACCGCCUUAUUAUUCUUAUUUUUUAAAUUUAAGAAAAAUAAAUAAAGAAAAAAGAAAAAGUAAAAUAAAAAACAAAAUAGAGGGAGGGAGCGGAAAAACAAGAGCACUACAAACAGACGUGGCACAAUUCCCCAUACGUGCUAUUGGCUCUCUCACAUCCUUUCUCUGCCUAGCUUCCGUCGUGACCGUCGCCUUCCUUCCCUUCAUCUCCUCUCUAACUGCCGUCGAAAUUUCCGACGCUGUUUAAAUCACUCUUUCUCACUUCUUCAGCUCCAUGAAUCCCUAAUUAUUGAAUCUGAAAUACUUGCUGUUUAUCCUCUGAGGUGCUCUGCCUUGAGGUUUGCAUAGCUUGAAUUAGUGGUGCGAAUUCAUAAUAAAAUUCUUUUUGGGGGGGUAUAUGAGUGAUCAUGGGGUCGGCUUGUUGUGUUGCUGCAAGAGACAGGACCCUUACAAACAGAACUGGAGGUGAGACUAUGCAUAGAAAUGUGGCGUGUUCACCAUCAUGGAGCUUCCGCAGGGAUAAUCAAAGGCGUGUGGCUGGUGAAAUUGAAGAGCCUUCUUAUCAGUUGUCUAAUGGAGCUAGCAGAAACUUUAGCAUGGAGAUAAAAGGGACAUUAGGCUCUGAUAGAGUUUCUCAUGAAGGAAGUCCGCUCGAGAUUGGGAACUAUGGAACACACACUUCUCAAAAAUCACCAGUCCAUGAAGAAAUGGGUGGGAAUGUGAUGACCCCCUCUUCAGACUUAUCAAGGGCAAGUAAUUAUUCCAUAGAGAUGAAGAAUUUGGCAGAACCACCAGAUUUUGUGGAUUCAUCUACACCAAAGCUUUCAUUUUGUUUACCUUCAUCAUUCUCACCACCAAUAACAGAUAUGUUGUCUAGCCAUGCUCAUUUACUUCCUCCCAACUCAACCCCAUCCGGAAGGGCUCGAUGUUCACCUGGGCACCGGCUAUUGAGGCAGGUGUCUGAUAGUCGAAUCUUGGGUUUGAAAUCAGCAAAUAAUUAUUCAAUGUCUGAAGGAAGGUCAUCUUUUGUGCUCUCCACGUGUAGCAAUGAAUUAACAGCUGGAUCUCAUGGUGGCUCCUCUGAUGGAUGGUCCAUGCGCGCUUUUUCAGAGCUUGUGGCAUCUUCUCAAAGAGAAAGGUGGUCUUUUGACAGUGAACACUUAGGUUCUGGUUAUGGCAAGAUAAGUGGCUGUAGCAGCAGGUUCUCAUGUUCUCCAUCCAUAGAUAUGCAAGCUUGCGGGGCUUGCUCAAAGCUUUUGGCUGAGAGAUCAUCAUGGAGCAGCAAUGAAAUUUCAGCGGUUGCUAUACUUGUCUGCGGACAUGUUUAUCAUGCUGAAUGCUUGGAGACCAUGACACCAGAGGUGGACAGAUAUGACCCAGCCUGCCCAAUAUGCAUGGUUGGAGAAAAGCAGGUCUCAAAGAUGUCUAGAAAAGCUUUGAAAGCUGAAGCAGAAUUGAAGGCAAAACAUCUUAAGUUAUUGAAGAAUAGAGUUACAGAUAGUUUUGUUGAUGAUGGUUGUGAUGAUUUUGAUCACCAACAAAAUGCCAAACGAGAAGGAAAAGCUCCAAAGUUGGAACCCAGUUCAAGCCGGAGGAGCUCCUUGGCAAAGCCUUUCUUGAAACGCCACUUCUCAAUUGGGUCUAAGUGGGGCAGAUCUCUAUCUGAGAAUGAUUCUGCCAGGAAGAAGGGUUUUUGGGUAAGAUAUCGAAAAGAUUGAGUUGCCUCCUUUACUGGCAUGAGGUAAGGAGCCAGUCCAUUUGAUCGUAAAAGUUUUAUCACUGUCAGUAAAUAUGCUUCUGUUUCCCUUACUUAAAAGGGAUUAAGAGAGAAGCUUAGAGUAUGCUCUGUGAGUCAGGCUUCCAAGUUCCAAUGCAUUCAAAUCUCAGUUUCUCAAGUUAGAUAUCUAACUUUAAGAUAUAACUAAAUGUUGCCUGCUUUCACUAUCUGCAUUCCAUUCUGGAUGACUGAUCUGAACGGAACUUAAACCUCCAACCAUUGAUAGAUCAACUCAAUGAAGCAUUGAAUUGAUUGAGAAAAUGACGAUGAAACUUUCUUUGGCUUUGCAAUUCUUCUUUGCUAUAUUUUAGGACAUAAUUUCUUCUGUUAACGGCACAAUAGGCCUGUGCUCUUGUAGUGUCUUGGCGGGAGUUUACGGAGAAUGGAGGACCAUGUCUCCCGACCAGCCCCAUUAUCUGUAAACUUUUAAACUUCAAUUUAGCAGUUGCUUAGUUAAACA